AUGGCCCAACAAGACAAGACCCUGCCUUCGUAUCAAGCGAUUCCCAGUGUGAGCGGCAUGCCUCAUGGAUGUACCUGGGGGUUUUGGGAUUCCUACAGCAAUGGCCAACCCGAUGAACUUGGAACUUUGAACCUCCUGACUCCUGACCGCGUCCUGCAGGCCAAGGAGGAGGUCAAGCUAGGCAUCAGUGUCGCGAUCAAUUGGCCCUUGGACAAAUGCUCCACGCCUCACUCCAACCGUCGCAAACCAGAGCUUCAGAUCCAUCCGCUGCCGGACUGGGAAGGCAAUGACGAUGAGAUCCACAUGAACACUCAAAGUGGCAGUCAAUGGGAUGGAUUCCGUGGGUAUCUCAAAUGCACUGCUGUUUCGAAAGAAAUUUACUUACGGGACGAUUGCUUGUCAGGGCAUUGGGCUCACCAGCCCACCGGCUUGUACUACAAUGGAGUCACGACCGCCGAUAUAAGAGACAACCGAAGCAAUACGAGGAACGGAAUCGAUAAAUGGACCGAGCGUGGAGGGAUUGUCGGUCGUGGAAUUCUGCUGGAUUACCUUUCCUGGGCGGAUUCGAAGGGCAUUCAUUACUCGCCGGUCGAAUAUCACGAAAUCUCGGUGCAAGACCUGGAGGCGGUCGCUAAGGCUCAGGGGACCGAAAUUCGCCCUGGUGAUAUUCUCCUCAUCCGAUCCGGCUUUGUCAAAUGGUACAAUGAAGCUUCCACAAAAGAGCGCGUAAGCGGAACUGCAGAGGGAAAGGCGUGGGCUGGAGUCGUAGGAACUCAAGAAACCGUCACCUGGAUGUGGGACCAUCAUUUGGCCGCUGUUGGGGGAGAUGCAAAUGCUUUCGAGGCGUGGCCGGCAAAGGAUGAGAUAUACCGUAAGUAG